CAGAAGGGCAGCGACACUCGUGAUGUGAUUAAACGUCUGCUCGAACACAGGGGUUCCCUGGAACAGAGAGUCUGGGGAAGAGAGGGAGCAGAGAUAAAGCUGAAGGUAAAGAGGGAACAGAGAUAAAGCUGAAGGUAAAGAGGGAGCAGAGAUAAAGCUGAAGGUAAAGAGGGAGCAGAGAUAUAGCUGAAGGUAAAGAGGGACUCAGGCUCUUGGGAGGAUUUUGGCUGGUUUCUGAAGAGCAAACGCAGGAAGUGAGAGACCUCCAAACCAGUUCACAUUUUUGUGUCAGCGCCCAUUCGGCUGGUGUCUGUUCCUGUUGAGGUGUGAGGACACCUCUACCUGUACUGCCCAUAUAUGGACUUCCUCUCUGCUGUUGCGGGAAACCGCCAUCUCGGUGCCAACUAACUAAUACUCGUCUCUAGAGAGAGUCCAGCUCCAGUCGGUGUUGGCCACUUGAUGUCCCCUGAGAUGAGAGAAAACCCUGGUUGAUGCUUUCUGUCCAGGUGAAACUAUGACCUUGUUGCUAAACUGAGUCCAAGUCACGAGUUGUGGUGACCUUUUCUGGAGUAAAAGGCUAAAAAAAAAAACAUAAACUGUUAAAAGUACAUCCUGAUUUGGAACUAUGUCCACCCCUGCUCCCUUUCUUGCCCCCUGCUCGGUGUUUCUUGUUGGUCUGUUGCUCCUUGCCCUGUCGGGGAUCUUGGAGGUCCGAGGCCAGAAUGACACGGAACCGAUCGUGUUGGAGGGAAAAUGUCUGGUGGUUUGUGAUUCCACACCGUCGGCCGAGCCGUCGGGUAACGCUCUGGGCAUGUCGGUGAGGUCGGGAACUGGUCGCGUGGCCUUUUCGGCCAUCCGCAACACCAACCAUGAACCCUCGGAGAUGAGCAACCGCACCAUGACCAUCUACUUUGACCAGAUCUUGGUGAACGUCGGCAGCCACUUCGAUCCGGCCCGGAGCAUCUUUGUAGCCCCCAGAAAAGGAGUCUACAGUUUCAGCUUUCAUGUCGUCAAAGUAUACAACCGGCAGACGAUACAAGUGAGUCUGGUUCUCAACGGCUGGCCCGUGAUCUCUGCCUUCGCGGGCGACCAGGACGUGACCCGAGAAGCCGCCACCAACGCCGGGCUGGUGAUGAUGGAGCGAGGGGACAAGGCUUACCUCAAACUGGAGCGAGGGAACCUGAUGGGAGGCUGGAAGUACUCCACCUUCUCCGGCUUCCUGGUGUUCCCCUUGUAGGGAAGAAUCAAUCGCUGUGAGGAGGAAGCAUUAAUGCAAACUCACUGAUGUCCAUCGGAUGACUCGGGUGAACUCACUUUGCACCAGAUAAUCCUGAAUGUAAUUUCCAUUUCCACUGCACUUCUGUGGCUUCUCGUCCAGACCGUGAUAUGUCGUCUUUGCCCGCUUACUCCAGGCUUGUUGUGGUUUUCCUUUAAUGCAUGAAAGGAGCAGUGUUUGUGGCAAUAAAGAGAAUUAUUCAUCUA